AACAGUUGCACACUUUUGAAUUUUAUGAUGCCUACUUAUUUCUUAUUUAUAUCGAUUUUUAUUACCUUUAUUAUACCGGUAGCUUCGAUACAGUGCUGGGCAUUUUCACAAAUGGAUUAUGAAGGCAAGACGCAUACAGUCGGUAAGACAGCUAUCACCUGCAAUGGCCUUUAUUGUUUGACGCUUUCUGAGCAAGCAUCUUAUUUCACAGUGUUCAAUGGAACGUGUCCCGAUCCGACAGUGUCUAUUACAAAUUGUGAUACCAACGGAGUGAGCUGUCAAAAGGAAAAGCUUGGUGAUGUUGAUGUUAAAGCGUGUUGCUGUAAUUACGAUUUCUGCAAUUUAUCAGGACAGAGCUUUACUACUUUUUCAGCAAUAUAUGUUUUUUGCAUGUUCUUUUUCCUAUUUUGAAAAUUUAAAUAAUAAAAAAUUGACAAAAUAAAAAGUCAAUUUUCAGA